GGAUAUUAUUAUUAUUAUUAUUAUUAUUAUUAUUAUCGGCAUGUAGACCACUCCCGCUUUUUCGCCAUUCCAGUGACGUAUUUCCGGUUAACUGUCAAACUCGUACUGGAUGUCAGUCGACGGGAUAGGCUUGGACCAAAAGCAGUUCAUAAAUUCAGCAGACCAAGGCAGUUCAGAGAAAUGUCUUUUAUAUUUGACUGGAUCUACAAGAGCUUCAGCAGUGUCUUGCAGCUAUUAGGGUUGUACAAGAAGACCGGCAAGCUAGUAUUCCUCGGACUAGACAAUGCUGGAAAAACAACACUCCUGCACAUGCUCAGAGACGACAGGCUAGGACAGCACGUGCCAACGCUACAUCCAACAUCUGAGGAGCUUACCAUAGCCGGGAUGACCUUCACGACGUUUGACCUCGGAGGUCACACACAAGCACGAAGGAUCUGGAAGAACUACCUCCCAGCCAUAAACGGCAUAGUCUACAUGGUGGAUUGUGCUGACCAUGAGCGACUAAUAGAGGCUAAAAUUGAACUGGAUGCCCUGUUGACAGAUGAAACCAUCUCAAACGUACCUGUUCUCAUAUUGGGGAAUAAGAUCGACCGUCCAGAGGCCAUCAGUGAGGAUGCCCUUAGAGGAAUGUUCGGUCUCCAUGGACACACGACUGGGAAGGGCAAAGUGUCACUGAAGGAGCUGAAUUUGAGGCCAAUGGAGGUUUUCAUGUGCAGCGUGCUGAAGAGACAAGGAUAUGGAGAUGGUUUCCGCUGGCUCUCCCAGUAUAUUGACUGAUUCAUGGUUCUUUUAAUAACGUUAUUUAGCACGCUACCUGCGCGCACAAAGACAUGUUCCACACAAAUCUACCUGCCGUUGAGAGAUCUUCUUUUAAGUACACCAUAUUUAGGACUUUGACUGUGCCAGUAGGAAAUGUGUUACACCUAGUGUUUUGUGUUAAUAUACCCUGUUUUCUUCUUGAGUUUAAAACACAAUUGUAUGUCAUUUCAGUUAUGCCACAGCAAGUCAAAGUUAUGAAUCAUCAGUCUGAAUUGUUCAGAUUCAGUGUGGAGAAUCUUCACAUUAUGGUUUCUACUUUUACUUAAAGCCUGUAGAGAGUUCUGUCCGCCAUAUAGAACAUGUCAUCGCUGUGAACCAGUUCCUGACCCGAGUUUAUUUUUAGCUGCUGGUGUAGACUUACAGUGAAGGUCAAAUUGGUUAACAUUUUGUACUUGGAGUUACUCUUCCUUGUUUGAGGAUGAAUAUUAUAAUUAUUAUACCUUUAUAUUUAUCCUACAUUUUCUCCAACAUUUUAGUCCAAAAGCAGAAUAGUUUUUCUGGAGAGUGCUGCAGACAUUUGGUGCCAUAUUUGUUAAUAAGAAAAGUGUUAAUUCAGUUGCCUGCUACCUCCAGGAUUCGGACAGGACUGAUUUUCUUCUUAAUUUUAAUGUUCUAAUAAUUGAAAGGUUUACCACUACAGGCCAAUUUUAUGAAUGUGACCACAAGUGCAUUAACUGACAUUUUUCUGUGAGGAGCUUUAUUAAUAGCACAGAACAGUGUAAAAGAACUGCAGUAAAUAUUAACUGUACCAGCACAACCAGGUGAUGUAACACACUCAUACUCUGAUGCCAAACUACCUGAUUUCAUGAUGGUUAACUGCUGUGAAUAAACUUGAGUACUUUGUGAUUAGUAGCUGCUCACAACAUGCAGCGAUAUUAUGAGAGUACUUGGGUGGUGCUUUUAAAAAUAUGGCACGCAAAACAUAUGCAUGAAAUGACCUCUUAGUGCAAUAUUAUACAUUAUUUUGUAUAUAAGUUUGUAUUUAUAUUUUGCAAUAAAAAUGUGGCUUACCUUAGAUUACAUCAAGUAUCUAGCUCUGAAGUAAUGUAUCUGGUAGAAGAGGUAGGUCAUAUUGUUAUUAAAUGUGUGAAG